AUGAAAGAACCAAUUCCCCCUCCCGUGGAUACUAUCACCAUCUCCCCUUCUUCGCCGAAGCAACUACGCUUCCUUAUCAUCGGCGGGGGCUCUCGCGGAAACGCCUAUGCUCGUGCCGUCUCAACUGUAACAUCGGGUGUAAUCCACGCAAUUGCUGAGCCCCACGCCUUCAAACGGCGUGAAUUCGGACGAAAAUACAUAUGGGGUGUAUCCGACUCUCCCCAAGAGGGCCAGGAAUUCACCGAUUGGCGCGAAUGGGUACAGUGGGAGCUCGAGCGACGAAAGCGGGCGACUCAAAACAAUGACGAUAACGCGGCAGACACGACCCCAAUUCCCGUGGGUGUAGACGGAGUCUUCAUCUGCACACUAGACGAAACCCACGUCGAGAUUCUACAGGCCCUUGCCCCACUCCAAUUACAUAUUCUCUGCGAGAAGCCAUUAGCUCUGUCACUAGACGACUGUUUAACAGUAUACCGAGCCCUCCAACCACCCGAAGGCCCAAAUAACAUCCCGCAAGCCCCGAAGAACAUAUUUUCAAUCGGCCAUGUCCUUCGUUACAGCCCACAUAACAUCCUCCUUCGCAAACUCCUCCUGACCGACCGCGUAAUCGGCGAUAUAGUCUCCCUUGAACACUGCGAGCCGGUAGGCUGGUGGCACUUCUCACACAGCUAUGUCCGGGGCAACUGGCGACGCGCAACAGCGGCAGGUGACGGCUCGCUCCUCACAAAAUCCUGCCACGACAUCGACUUCAUCCUCUGGCUCCUCUGCUCCCCACCCUCACCCGAAACAGCAUCCAAAGAAGCCCACAAGCCGCACUUCCCGCGCUCCAUCUCCUCCGCCGGUACAAUGACGCAGUUCCGCCGGAAGCGCAAGCCUGUGGCCGCAGGUAACGCUACAAAUUGUCUUUCCUGUCCCGCUGAACGUGACUGUACCUACAGCGCGGUUCGGAUCUAUAACGAUCGCCACCUCGCGACGGGUCACACGGCUUGGCCGGUCGACAUCGUCUGCCCGGAUAUCGAAGAUGUGUUCCAUGCCCAAGGCGGCAAGGCGGCCGAGUCGCUGCUCCUCUCCCGUCUUGGUGAGGACUAUGAUCGGGAUACGGUGUCAGAUUUGGAUAUCGCUGCGCGGCCUUGGUAUGGGCGGUGCGUCUACGAGGCUGAUAAUAAUGUCUGUGAUGAUCAAGUUGUGACGUUGGCCUGGGAUGAUGAGGAGACGGCGCCGCAUCGGCUUGCUAAAACGGCGAGCUUCCAUAUGAUUGCACCUACAGAGAAACAAUGUGAGCGUAGGGGCCGGGUGUAUGGUACAACCGGUGAGGUUUCGUAUGAUAGUACCACGAUUUCUGUUUAUGAUUUUGCCACAGCGAAGACUUCGGUUUACGAUGUGCCGAAGCCACCGCCGGGACAGAAUGAGUCGCAUGGCGGUGGAGACUUUGGACUUGCCAGGCAAUUUACGGCUCAAGCGAGGUUUGUCGGGUGUUCGCUUGAGGAGGCGGUGCGGAGUCAUGCUGUUGUUUUUGCGGCCGAGGAGGCGAGGAGGGAGGAGAGAGUUGUGAAGUGGGAGAGCUGGUGGGGAGAGAAGUUGAGGGUUUCUGCUGCUGCGUGGAAGGCAUGA